AUGGUGGUGAUAGAGGGUCAACGGCCACAAGAGUUAUUAUGGGAGUACACGCAGACUGUGUGUACUUUUCUCCCAGUGGGUGGUGAGGAGCAAUUCCAUCCACCACGCCCAAAACACAUGAUCCUUUCCUUUGAAAAGCGAUGGCCUUACUCGCUGAACCAUGCAGUGCCUAUUACCGACUGCUACAUUAACAUUGAGGUGCAUCGGGUGUGGAAGAUCGUCGAGGGUGAUGUAAAAGGAGUGUUUCCCCCUCCAGAUACAUACGCACCUAAAAUGAGACGUCAUCUUUUGAUUGGAACUUCUGGGGUGGGGAAUUCAAUGGCGGCUGGCUCCUACCUCCUUUACCAGCUGCUGCACUACGAUGCCACGAAGCUCCAUGUGGUUGUGUACUGCUUUGGAAGGGAUUUCGCAUACUUGUUUGACAAGAGGGCACGAACGGUGACAGAAUACGGGGGUGAGAGUAAUAUUGGAAGGGCUAUGGUAAAUUUGGCUAGGAGUGGAAUGAAAGGGUGCAUCAUCAUCGAUAUGGCAAGACAUUUUCAAGAGCCAUCGAAUGAUGUUGUGCCCUCCCAUGAGUGGGGCAUCAUUAUGUUGUCAUCCCCGAACGAAAAUAACUUCCAAGCAUGGGCGAAUCAGGCGGGUGCUAUCGAAAUCAUCAUGAAUUGCCCCGAUGAAAGCGACGUGAAGGCGAUGUGUGCGUGGGAGACACGCAAUACGACUGAAGAGGAGCAGGCGGAGUAUUGGAGAAGGAUGCACAUGCACAUGGAUGACGUCGGACCGAUUCCACGAUGCAUCUUUAAUGACAAUAAAUAUAAAAACCGCGUGCGUGAUGCCAAUAACAUCGUGGCAGCUAUCGAGGCCUCAGAUGCUGUACAUUAUGGGAUGAUUGGAGGCAUGGGAAUGUGGCCCUCGAAUGACGCUUCUCACAAACUUGUGAAAGCUGUCAGGUUAAUAACACAAGGCGAUGUUGAGGAGUUUGUUAACAUGCCGGCCUGUUUUUCCAUUGAAAGCGAAUUAAUUGCAAAGUUGCUCGAAGUGGAUGAGAAGAAUGACAUUUUUUUUCGACUAAGCAAGAACUAUAAAGUGUUAUUUCAGGAACUUUUGGGGCAGCAUACUCUUCACACAUUCCUGAGUAGAGUCUUUGUGGAAAAUAUAAUGCCGGGCCUCAACGAGUUGCCUCCACCAGGAUGUCGUCGGCGACAGAGAUGUGUGCUGCAAUCGAACCCCGAAAAGCAUCCAAGCAGACCCGUUGGAUUAAUGCCGCUGGGCUACAAUCCUCCGAUGUUUUGA